AUGGCGAUGGAUGCCGAAAUGCCCAAGGCUUUGGAUGAGGUUUUGCACAAGCACAGCAUGGAGGUCUGUGCGCACUUAGACACGCGGUUUGAGAAGUUGGAAGCCAUUCUUCUAAGGCCUUUGAUGUUAGAUGCCGGGCCGUUCCUGACGGGCAAUUCGAACGCGGACCCGGAUCUAAACACGACCGGCUCGUUUGCCCGCGUCCUGACGGCGGAGAGCGUGGAAAGGGAAUCCUUGGGGGAGACGGAGAACAACAGCUCGCCGAUGGUCGUUCGUCCCCGCUACAGCCGGGAGGACUCGCCAAGCAGCUACGAGUUGGCGAAGCGGACGGGGGAGGCCGUGACCCAGGCCUACGCUCGGGUCGGAGCCGUCAGCAAGGAGUUCGCACAAAAGGGACUCGGGCCUUUGCCAAUGAUUUGGAGAAGCUGCCAAAGAGUGGCUAGCGCGAUUGUGAACUCGCAGACCGCAGGCAUUUUCUUCGCGAUGGUGGUCCUGACCAACUCAGUCUAUCUUGGUGUCCAUCUUUCUUGGAGCUCGCAGAACCCAGAGCAGACCUCCAAUUCGGUGUUCCUGACCGUGCAUGUAGUAUAUUCAGUUCUCUUCACGUUGGAGGCAGUGCUCCAUUUUGUCGCUGUCGGGCCUGCAGCCUAUAUUUGUGGCAACAGUUGGGCCUGGAACUGGUUGGACGUAUUUGUCGUUACUUCCUCAUGGAUUGAGCUGGCGGUUGAUAUCGUGUCCCCCGACCACGAGACUCUUGGAGCGAACAGCAACCUCCGAAUCAUGAGGCUGCUUCGCCUAGGCCGCUUGGUUCGUGUCGUGCGAAUCGUCCGAGUGGUGAAGCUCUUCCGGGCACUGCGGACGCUAGUGUACUCGCUCCUGGGGACGCUCAAGUCCUUGUUCUGGUCCUUCUUGCUCUUGAUCCUGAUCAUCUACAUUUUCGGUAUCCUCUUCACUGAUGUUGUUCUGAACCACCUGUGGGAGGAGGGAAGAACUGCCGAAAGCGAAGAUGUGCAACAAUACUUCGGCACACUCUAUGCAUCCAUCAUCACGCUCUUCAGGUCGAUCUCCAAUGGCAUCACCUGGGAAAAAGCCGCAAACUCCCUUGAACCCAUCAGCACCUUCUGGGUCCAAGUGUUUCACUUCUAUGUGGCAUUCUGCAGCUUUGCGCUACUCAAUGUCAUGACUGGUGUGUUCUGCAACAGCGCAAUAAAGGCAGCGGAACGCGACCAUGAGACGGUGGUGGCACAGGUCAUGCAAACUCGUCGUGACUACCAAGACAUGGUGAGCAACUUGUUCAAGCGGAUUGAUCAAAGAGGCCUCGGGCAUCUCACCAUUACCGAGUUCGAGAAGCACUUUGAUGAUGAGUCAGUGCAAGCACUGUUCGAGUAUCUCCAAAUCGGUGCCAUGGAUGCUUGGACACUCUUCAUGAGCUUGGACAAGGACGGUGAUCACACAAUCAGUGUGGACGAGUUUACAGAACGUUGUAUGCAGCUUCAUGGCCCCGCGAGAUCUGCAGACGUUUUUACUUUGCGCCAGAGCUAUGCGAAGCUUGCGAAAGACUUGCGGAGAAUGGAUGAGACACAGGAGAGAAUGGAAAUGGGUUUGGCACUGAUCCUUCACCAACAAGCAGCUCGCGAUCCCCCGUUCAGCGUGUGA